CACGCGCCUCUGACGCGACGAUGUUGCGGCCCGCUCCAUCACUCCGCCCUCGGCAGAGGCAGUUUGCGUCAAACGCCCCUCCUUACCGUCCUCCUCCUCCUCCUCCUCUCCUCCUCCGCAGUCGUCUUCGUGCACUUCCCAUCCUCGGCUCCGGGGCACAGACAGGUGAAGUCCGAACCUCUUCUCCUCUGCGAGGAUGGACGCCUUCCUGAACGAGUGGCUGUGGCAGGAGCAGCACUGGCUGCCCCCUGGAGUCGGGUGGAAGGACAUCGAGAUGAAUCCUGGUGAUGGACGCUUUCCUCUGCCCAGGGAUCUCCUCUACACUUUACCUCUGGCUUUGGCUUUCAUGGCUCUGAGAUUCGCCUUUGUGAGGAUCAUUGCACUCCCACUGGGCAAACUGUUAGGGGUGAGGGAUCGGGUUCGGGUGCGAGCUCCUUCUGUUCCGAAGCUGGAGAACUUCUACAAGUGCAACAGCCGGCAGCCGUCACAAAGCCAGUUGUCGAAUCUGGAGAAGCAGUGUGGACUCUCGCAGAGAAAGAUCCAAGCCUGGUUCAGACACAGACGCAACCAGGACCGACCCACAAACACCACUAAAUUCAGCGAGGCAUCGUGGCGGUUUGUCUUCUACCUCGUGUCCUUCUCUGCUGGACUCGCCUCUUUAAUAAACACAUCAUGGUUUUGGGAUCAGAGAGAAUGUUGGAGGGGCUACCCCAAACAGCCAGUGGCUGAAACCCACUACUGGUACUACAUGUUGGAACUGGGCUUCUACAUUUCUCUGCUUCUGUCUGUGUCAGUGGACGUCAAGCGGAAAGAUUUCAAGGAGCAGGUGAUUCAUCACAUUGCCACCAUCUUCCUGAUAGGCUUCUCCUACUGCGCUAACUUUGUUAGAGUGGGGACACUUGUCAUGCUGGUGCACGACUCCUCUGACUUCCUGCUGGAGUCUGCAAAGAUGUUCCACUACGCCGGUUUGACCCCCAUUUGUGACUCACUCUUUGUCGUCUUCGCUCUCGUCUUCUUGGUGACGCGGCUGGUGGUGUUUCCUGGACGGUUGAUCCACGCAACGUUGGUUCUGUCUCGUGAAUUCUUCCAACCGUUCUUCGGCUAUUACUUCUUCAACGCUCUUCUGCUGGUGCUGCAGGCGCUGCACAUCUUCUGGGCUUAUCUCAUCCUGAAGAUGGUCUACAAAUUCGUCUUCAAGGGAAAGGUGGAGCGAGAUGAGCGCAGCGAUGUGGAGAGUGAGCCGGACGAGGAAGAAGAGCCUGAUGAUGAAGAUGAUGAGAGCACUUGGGAACAGAGGAAGGGAACCAUCAACUAUAAACUGGCUUCACUGGCCAACAACUGUGUCCUGAACAACCUGACCAACCAGAGAAACAGCAAUAGUCGACUCCCCAAAGCCAGAUAGUGGUGAAGACACUUGCUCUCCUCUCAUAUUUUUUACUCACUUCUGAUACACGAAGCAACUCUGGUUCACCCUCACGAAUGGUUUGGGGUCCACAUAGCUCUCUGAACUCGACAAUGCUGAGGAGACACGAAGCACAAACGAUUGUACAUGGCCGCAUUAACUCUGUAAAUACUAAGUGAUUCAGCCUUGCUCUAUGAAAUUGACCGCAGUUUUAUACUUAACCAAGCUGUCUACAUUCACUUCAUACAUGAGGAAGUACAACAUGUAAGUCAUUACAUUCCUCAUGAAUAGGAUUGUAUCAUGCUUUAAUUUGCAGUGCAGUGUUGUAGUGGUUAGCGUUAUGACUUUCCCUGCUGAAUGUGUAAGUUCUCCACAUGCUUGUGGGGUUUCCCAAUCUAGUAUCGAUGCUAAGGCUACAUAAAAAAAAUACAUUCAUUGCUAAUCUGGUAUCUGAUUUUACAGAGUAAACUGUCAUCAUUCUUAAAUAAAUACGAGUUACUAUAUAUUUUAAGUGUUUUUCUCUGUUUUGUUGGAGUUUUUCUUGUGCUUUUGAUAAAACUGUAUUGGACCAUGUUCUUCCUUGGGCACUGUGUGCGUUAACUGACCACCACACUUUUGCGAAGCACAAAUAUUUUUACCAUGUUAAAGUUAAGUGUUUCCUGAUUAUUGCUGCAGUUUUUCUUUGGUGUGGAAGAAUUCACCACCUCGCUUGUGUAACGCUGUAAUAUUGUUACAUCCAUGUCUCCUUCGUAGAAUCCACCAAUGUUUUGUUAUGUGAAGAUGGAGCUUCAUGCCGACCUACAAGGGCUUCAUACAUAGACUGUCAAGGUCAGAGCUGUGGGAGUGGUGUUCUUUUGUAUUGUUUUGUUUUCCUGUAUGUCACCUGACCUUUGUCUUACAAGCAGGACAAUGAAUGAUUAAAUCUCUCUGAACAAUUUUUAAUAAAUGUAAAUGUAUCAAC